UGCCCGCUGCUGAGCUCGGCGCUCCGCCCCGGCAGAAGCCGCAGCCCGAAGCUCUCGGGCUCGGGGCGGCCGUGCGGGGGCCCCUCCUCGCCCCGCCGCCGCCCGGGCUUCCCCGCACGGCUUCUCUCCCGCCGCGCUCCUGCGCUGCCCUCCCGCGAGUUUGCGGCGCUCCGGCUGUGCGGGACGGGCGCAGGGGCUGCAUUCCGCUCCCAUUCCGAAAGAAUGGAGCCAAGGAGACAGAGCUCAGAUGAAAUCAAAAGAACGAUAAAGUUUGGAGGAAAAAAAAGAAGCUGCACUUGCUUUCCUGGUCUGCAGUUUGGCAGGGCAUUAAGAUGUCCGUGGACAUGAACAGCCAGGGCUCUGACAGCAAUGAAGAGGAUUAUGACCCUAAUUGCGAGGAGGAGGAAGAGGAUGAGGAUCCUGGGGAUAUUGAGGAUUAUUAUGAUGGGGUAGCUAACGACGUGGAGCAGCAGGGAGCAGAUGCCUUUGAUCCAGAGGAAUAUCAGUUCACCUGCUUGACUUACAAGGAGUCGGAGAACACUCUCAAUGAACACAUGGCCAGCUUGGCUGCCACGUUAAAGGUAUCACAUGCUGUUGCAAAGCUAGUAUUAGUUAGUUUCCACUGGCAAAUCUCAGAGAUUUUGGAAAGGCACAAGUCUAAUCCUGCCCAGUUGCUAGUAGAAGCUCGAGUUCAGCCCACCUCAUCCAAACAUGCAAUGGUACAUUCCUCCCACCACUGCGCCGUGUGCAUGCAGUUUGUCAGGAAGGAGAACUUGCUCUCCCUGGCUUGUCAGCACCAGUUCUGUCGCAGCUGCUGGGAGCAGCACUGUACAGUGCUCGUCAAGGAUGGCGUUGGAGUCGGGGUGUCCUGCAUGGCUCAGGACUGUCUACUCCGGACACCAGAAGACUUUGUGUUUCCAUUGCUGCCUAGUGAAGAGCUGAAAGACAAAUACAGGCGCUACCUCUUCAGGGACUAUGUGGAGAGCCAUUACCAGCUGCAGCUGUGCCCUGGUGCAGAUUGCCCUAUGGUCAUACAGGUACAAGAGCCAAAAGCCCGGCGAGUGCAGUGCAAUCGUUGCAAUGAGGUCUUCUGCUUUAAGUGUCGGCAGAUGUACCACGCACCCACAGACUGCGCUACCAUUCGGAAAUGGCUCACCAAGUGUGCAGAUGACUCUGAAACAGCCAACUACAUCAGUGCUCACACUAAAGAUUGUCCCAAGUGCAAUAUCUGUAUUGAAAAGAAUGGAGGCUGCAAUCACAUGCAAUGUUCCAAAUGCAAGCAUGACUUCUGCUGGAUGUGUCUGGGAGACUGGAAGACUCACGGCAGCGAGUACUACGAAUGCAGUCGGUACAAAGAGAAUCCUGAUAUUGUAAACCAGAGUCAGCAAGCACAGGCCAGGGAGGCCCUUAAGAAGUACUUGUUCUAUUUUGAGAGGUGGGAGAAUCACAAUAAAAGCCUACAGCUGGAGGCACAGACAUACCAACGAAUCCAGGAGAAAAUCCAAGAAAGAGUUAUGAACAACUUGGGAACAUGGAUAGAUUGGCAAUAUCUACAGAAUGCUGCAAAACUACUUGCAAAGUGUCGUUACACCCUGCAGUACACAUAUCCAUAUGCCUACUACAUGGAGUCUGGUCCCAGAAAGAAGCUGUUUGAAUACCAGCAGGCCCAGCUGGAAGCUGAAAUUGAAAAUCUCUCAUGGAAGGUGGAGCGAGCAGACAGCUAUGACAGAGGGGACUUAGAGAAUCAGAUGCACAUAGCAGAGCAGAGACGGAGGACCCUGCUAAAAGACUUCCAUGACACAUAAGAGAGGAGGAAGUGACAGUGCAGGGGUGAGAGCAGCAGUGAAGUGAUGGUAGCUUCACUGGGAUAAGCAGGCACUGCCUCUGGGAGAACACGGCCAAGGACAAAGCCACCCCUCCCCUUGCAAGUCAGACACAUGCAAACACCACCUCUUAGUCCAGUUUGUUCUCUUAUCUUUCUGUUUCUGUUUCUGCCAGGCUAGAGGCCAGAGCUCAGAUUGGCAUAUUUCCUGGGCCAUUUCCCUCCUGCCCUUGAUGGUUUCAGAAGGGGAGGGAGUUUUUUUCUGAAUGGCUGUUAAUAGUGUUAGAUCAUUACAGUUUAUGUAAUUUUCAACGGUUGUACAAUUAUACAGACAAACCUUAGAAUAACACAAAACCCUUUUUAAAAAUAAAUUGGCAGUGGAGUGUUUUUCCUUAA